UGAGCAUGCUGCAAUCAAGUUGCUUGCAGAAGAUAUUAUGUUUGCUUUUAUGCAACGCAUUAGAGAAGAAACCAUGAGAAGUAAGGACCUGCUUGCUGCUUAUGUACCCAAAGGAAGGAGGGGCUCCCAUGGUGUACGCAGAGUUAUCAAGAUAUCUCCUCCUUUUUUUUCUUCUUCUUCUUUACUUGCCCACGUAAAGGCUUCUCAAAGCUUGAUCCAGAACAAGAAAAAGAAGCGAUCCUUUGAAAGUGUCAAUACUACUACUGAAGUUCAUCAACAAAAGAAAAGGAAAUCAUCGAAAAAAACCUACACCAAGAGGCCUGAGAGAUUUGAUUUUAAAAAACUGCACUUAGAUCCACCACCAGAUUUGUCUCGUGAAUGGAGAGCUAAAAUUGAAAACAAAGGAGGCAUUGAUAUUAAGUUGGUGAUAAUGAAACAGAUGUUUCCUACAGAUUUAAACACUCACCAUGAUCGUCUCUCAAUCCCCUUCAACCAGAUAAAAAAUUCUGAUUUUCUUAAUGAGAAAGAGAAGAAGAAGUUAGAAAAGCAAGAGAACAUAUCUGUUACAGUCAUGGAACCUUGUGGUGAAGAGUCUCAAUUGUGUCUUAGGAAGUGGAAUUUGGCAAUUACCAGUUCCUAUGUGUUGACUAGUUGGAAUAAAGUUUUGGCGAGGAAGGAGUUCAAGCAAAAUGACGUCAUCCAGCUUUGGUCAUUUAGGGUCCAAGGAGAACUCCAUUUGGCACUCAUUAAGGUUGCCUUGGAUGGAGGGAAUAAUGGUGAUGGUGCUGGUGUUGGUGCUGCUGCAAGUGGAGGUGCAAGCCACGGUCUUAUGGAGAACCAAGAUGGUGAUGGUGCUGGUGCUACUGCUGGUGCAAGUCACAGUAUUAUGGAGAACCAAGAUGGUGCUGGUGCAGGUGCAAAUCUUAUUACUGGAUAACCAAUAACAAGAUUAAUUAAUUAGAGGGUUUCAAAUUUUCAUUGUAGUUUUGUUUGCUUACGAAGGUUAAUUAAUUAAUUCAAAUUUUCAAAUCUUAGUUCUUCUUGCUCUGCUGCUAGUUGUAAUGUGGAAACUAGAAUUAAAUGUUGUUAGAUUUUGAUGAAUAAUUGUGGUCAUCUUGUGUUGAGAUUUGAUAAUUUUAGUAUUCCAACAUUGUCACGAAAUGUCUUGAAAGGAAGCUUAUUGAAGCUCAUUUAUUUUAUUUUCAGGACUUCAUCAUUUGAACCAUUCUUGUGCACCUUUCAGCUUAAAAGAAUCUUUAGAAACCAAGUAUCCAUAUUAAUUGUCAUACUUGCAUUCAGAAUGAUUUGGGAUGUUGGCACUAGGAUAUAAAUGCUAAGAUUUUAAUACCAUGCUUUUAGAAUUGUUUGUCCAAGGCAUAGUUAAUAUGUUGUUUGCCAAAUAGGUUAUAAACUUUCAGCUGAAGAGCUCUUUUUUUUUUUUU